AACAUCGUCGUGACGAGAUAACUAUUUAAAAGUCAAACUUAGUAAAGCUAUAUGCAUAUACGGAAAAAAGAAAGAAAAACUCGUGUGUGCCAGUAUAAAUAAAUGAUUAAAUUCAAUUGACAAUAAAACCGUUGCAGCGUUUAUAAAGUCAAACAGUUAUAGUGUUAAACGGUCGCUGAAGCACUUUAAGCGGUCACAAACAUACGUAAUAGCGGCUCAGGUUCGGUGCUAUGAGCAUUUAAAUCGCUUUUUUUAAGUGAAGUGCGGCAAAGUCGGUGUUUUGGCGAAAAACGCCAACACAUUUGUGCUCGUAAACUAGUGAAUAAAGCAAAACCCUAUUGAAAUUUGCAUGCAUUCUCCGAUUGUUUUGAAUUGUGGCGUUAGCUCGUAAUCAAGCAAAAAUCAAAAUUCCAAACUAAAAACGCAAAAGGAGGAAAGAACACCAAAACACAACAACUUUUUACAAACACAAACAACAAAUAUUUAAUAUAAAAAAUCUGCACAAAUAUUUUCGCCUGCAAUCUGAUUACGACGAAAUACGAGCAGCACGGGAAUUGCAAAAACAAAAAAAACUGCACACAAACAAAAGAGAAGAAACAACAACACACACACUUAGCAGACAUUAGUGGCUGUGUGUGCGUCUGCGCGCGGAUUCUACGCCAACGAGCAAAUACUUUCACAACGUCAGCUGAACACACACACACACACAUAAAAGAAUAGAAGAAGUGACAAGUGACAGGUAGUCGUUUGCAGAAGUGACAAGUGCGCAUACACAAUGAAGACAAAUCCCGCAUUGGAUCACGUGUAUGUGAACGAUGGUUUCAAGUGUUCUUCGAUCAGCAUUACAACGAACGGUACGGAACAGAACGGUGGUAGUGGCGGAUCGCAAGGAUCAAACGAGUUUAUAUUAACCGCAGACGGCAAAAAGAUGAUUCCACCUAUUAAGACAGUGGACUGCGCCAAAGCAUGGGUGCAGGAUCGCACCAGGCGCACCUUCAACCGCAAGACGCUCUACAAACGCCUGCCCAUACUCAAUUGGUUACCGAAAUAUUCCAAAGACGAUGCUGUGGGUGAUGUGGUUGCCGGACUCACUGUCGGUCUAACCGUUAUACCACAAGCGCUAGCGUAUGCUGGUGUAGCCGGGCUGCCUGCAGCGUACGGUUUAUAUGGUUCCUUCUUAGGCUGUUUCAUUUACAUUUUCCUCGGCAACUGCAAGGAUGUGCCCGUGGGUCCCUCCGCCAUUGUGGCGUUGCUGACCUUCCAAACCGCCAAAGGUUCAUGGCAAUUAGCGGUGUUACUCAGUCUGCUUUGUGGCAUUGUGGAAUUGUUUAUGGGCAUUUUCGGCUUGGGUUUUCUGCUGGACUUCGUUUCCGGUCCUGUCUCAUCCGGUUUCACAUCGGCCGUUUCACUGAUCAUCGUUGCAUCGCAAAUUAAAGACAUAUUGGGUAUACCGGCGCCCGGUACGACAUUCCUGGAAAUUUUAACCCAUAUUUACGAAAAUAUCAAAGAGACACGCGCCUCGGAUACGGUUUUGGGUCUCACCUGCAUUGUGGUGCUGCUGAUGAUGCGGCUGCUGUCAUCAUUUAAGCUCGGUCCCAAAGAACCCACGCUCCGCUCGAAGACACAGAAUGUGCUCAACAAAGUCAUUUGGCUCAUUGGCACCUCGCGCAAUGCCAUACUGGUGAUUGCCUGUGGCAUUUUGGGUUAUAUUUUACAUAGCGAGGAUGGCAAUAUACCGUUCCGUGUUAUUGGCUACAUUCCAGAGGGCAUGCCUGCCGUACAACCCCCACCAUUCCAUAUGUCGGCCAAUGAAACAGCCUCUGGGCAUGAAGAAGGCUUCAUAGACAUGGUGAAAAAUCUAGGUUCUGGUCUCAUUGUCUUGCCGCUCAUAUCUUUGAUGGAAACUGUCUCUAUAGCCAAAGCUUUUGGCAACGGCAAACCGGUUGACGCCUCACAGGAGCUCAUCGCUAUUGGUGUUGCAAACAUCGCAAACUCGUUCGUGCAGAGCUUCCCAUCCACCGGCGCACUGAGUCGUGGCGCUGUCAACAAUGCAAGUGGCGUCCGAACCCCACUAAGCAAUAUCUAUUCGAGCUCUUUGGUCAUACUUGCUUUGAUCUUCUUCACACCCUACUUCUUCUUCAUACCGAAAUCAACGCUGGCGGCGAUCAUUAUUGCUGCCGUUAUGUUUAUGGUGGAAGUACGCGUAAUCAAACCAAUGUGGCGCGCAAAGAAGAGUGAUCUGCUACCCGGCCUCGGCACAUUCGUUGCUUGCUUGGUUUUGCCGUUGGAAAUCGGCAUACUAAUCGGUGUCGGCUUAAAUGUUAUCUUCAUUUUGUACCACGCGGCGCGUCCCAAAAUCACCACCGAAAUUCUCACCACAUCGGCGGGCAAUGAGUAUCUGAUGAUCACGCCCGAUCGUUGCUUAAUGUUCCCCUCGGUGGAUUAUGUACGCAAUCUGGUGACAAAGCACUCGAUGCGACAGAAUGUGCCCGUCGUCAUUGAUGCCUCACAUAUUUACGGUGCGGACUUUACUGCGGCCACUGUUAUAGAGUCGCUGCUGAACGACUUCGCAGCGCGUGCUCAGCUCUUGUUCUUCUACAAUCUGAAACCCAGUAUUUGCGCGUUAUUCGAAACGCUAUCGCCGGCGGAAUUCGUCGUCUACUAUCAGGAGGAGCAGCUGGAUCAAUUAUUGAAGGAUCGUAAUUAUGAGCAAAAGAAAACGAUAACGGUGUAGUGACACCAGUUCACUGGUGUCCAGUUAUGACGGCAAUUAAGCCUAAAUUACCGUUAUGCUAUUGUUGGCUGAAAUGUGAUCGUGCUGAGUCUUGGAGACCCACACCAGAAAAUGGUUGGUUAAAACUGUUAACUAUUCGCGUUUGCUUUAGUUUUAUAAAUAUUACUUGUUGGAUUUGACUAGUUAAUUAUUUGUAAAGUAUGCAAGUUCGCUAUUUGAAAUACGUCCCUAAUUUUAGAUAUGUUUACACAUUAAAAUCACACAUACGCUGACGCAUAUAAUACAUAUUUAGUAUGUAUGUAUAGUUGCAUAACGGUUUUAAUUUUGUUAGCAUGUUGUGAAACCGAACAAUGGAGUAUUAUUUUAGUAUUGAUCACCAAAAAUUAGCAAAACUAUCAAAAUGGUGUACGCUUUUACAUAAUGAUUUAUAUAUUGUAUAAUGUAAAUAUUUGUAAACUAAUUUAAAUGAUGAAAAAUGAUGAAAGUGCCUUAGACCUCAUUUAGCGUAAAAAUUUCUUUAAAACCAUAUUUAUUUUAUGAAAUGCAAAGUAGUGCACUAAACGUGGAAUUGUCAAAAUGAAAUGUAAAGUACAAUACGAAAGAAACGCCAAGAGUGCUAUGUACAUUUGUAGUUGUAAAUGCGAAACAUUUUGAAGUUCGCCGAAAAUGUUAAACACUAAAACUUAUUUGUUAAACUUAAAAUCGUAAAACUUAAAUUAUACAUAAUAAGCGGUGAGCAGUUGUUAUAUAACUUACGCAGCAUUCAAAAGAGUAUGCGUUGUGAAGUAAUUACAUAAUUUACACAAACAACAAACACGUAUUUCGCUUAAAGAGUAUGUAUGUAUAUAAAAGUCCUAAAAUGCUAGUGAGUCUUACCAUUUAAAACUAAUUUUUACAUAUCUAUAGUUACUAAGUUAAGCAAAUAAUCGUAAAUAUUUAAAAAUAUAGUGAUAAUUAUGACUUAAAUAUUUAUUAAGUAGCUGUGCAAUAAAGCAGAAAAGUUGUGUCCUCAGAAA